CUGAUAACGUCAACGUCACAAGCCGGAAGUCGAUACGGAAGUAUUAACAAACAGCUACAGGUUUAGUUUUCAGGCAGCUCUUGUCUGUCACAAAUUAAAGCUUCUCUGUCAAUAUGUUGAAGGCGGUUAUUUUAAUUGGAGGCCCCCAGAAAGGCACAAGGUUCAGGCCCCUGUCAUUUGAAGUGCCCAAACCCUUGUUUCCUGUAGCUGGUGUGCCCAUGCUGCAGCAUCACAUUGAAGCAUGUGCCAAGGUACCGAAUAUGAAGGAGAUUCUGCUCAUCGGCUUUUAUCAACCAAAUGAAGAACUGAACAGAUUCCUGUUAAAUGCACAGCAGGAGUUUAAAAUCUCCAUCAGGUAUCUGCAGGAGUAUGCAGCCCUUGGCACCGGAGGGGGCAUCUAUCACUUCAGAGAUCAGAUUGUGUCCGGCAGUCCAGAGGCUUUCUAUGUUCUGAAUGCUGAUGUUUGCUCAGCGUUUCCUCUCGCAGAGAUGCUGAGUUUCCAGAAGGAGCAUGGAGAACCAAACAGCUGUGUUAUCCUGGGGACAACGGCAAACAGAAAGCAAUCCAUGAACUACGGCUGUAUUGUUGAAAACGAAACGACAAAUGAGGUCUUGCAUUAUGUGGAAAAGCCGAGCACUUUUGUGAGUGAUAUCAUAAACUGCGGCAUAUACCUCUUCACCCCAGAAAUCUUCCAGCAUAUCGGUGCGGUCUUCCAGAAGAACCAGCAGGACAUGUUGUUAUAUCCAUACGAUGGAGAGGAGCCAACCAACGGCUGGCACCGGGCAGAGGCCAUCAGGCUGGAGCAGGACAUUUUCACUGCCCUGGCGGGACAGGGCAAGCUCUACGUCUAUAAAACCCUCAGCUUCUGGAGCCAGAUUAAAUCUGCAGGAUCUGCAAUUUACGCUAGUCGGUUGUACCUCAACCAGUAUCACACGACUCAUCCUGAAAGACUGGACUCAGAUAAGGAGGGGGGACCUAAAAUAAGUGGUAAUGUCUAUAUUCAUCCUACAGCAAACAUCGACCCCACUGCUAUGCUGGGCCCCAAUGUUUCGAUUGGCACAGGAGUAACAAUUGGUGCUGGGGUCAGAGUUCGGGAAUCCGUCAUCCUUCAUGGUGCAACUCUACAGGAUCACUGCUGUGUUUUGAACAGCAUUGUAGGAUGGGACAGCACCAUUGGCAAGUGGGCCCGAGUAGAAGGAACCCCUAGUGACCCAAACCCAAAUGAUCCCUUCGCAAAGAUUGACAGCGAGACACUCUUCAGAGAGGGGAAACUCACACCCUCUAUUACUAUUCUCGGUUGUAACGUAACCAUCCCUUCUGAGGUCAUUAUACUCAACUCGAUCGUCCUACCACACAAAGACCUCAACCGCAGCUUCAAAAACCAAAUUAUUCUCUAGUUAAUCUUACUCGGGGUCUCUGUCCACUUACUGUCUGUGAUGAAGGAUGCUGCUGGACACGCACCGCCCCUGCCCCCUGAAUUACUGUAUAUAAGACGUCAAAUAUGAAGAUAUGGGGCGCUCAUUUAAUAGUUUUGAAAAAUAGUUUUUUAUAUUUGUCCUUCAGCCCUUUAUGCAUCACUGGGUGUCAGCAGCAUUAGAGAGAGGCUAAUCAAGCAUGUUGAUUCACCUUGAAAAGUGCUGUCUUGCCAGAGGAUUACAUUGUUUUUUCAUUAACUUUACCAAACUGUAAAAUGACUGCAGAAACUAGUGUAAUAUAUUUCUUAGAUGUAAUAUGAUGUUUAAAAAAAAGUGUAUAGACAACUACGCUCUGUUUUUCUCAAGGGCAUCCAUGACAAACUUGAGACUUGUUACUUGAGUGUGUGAAAAGGAAUUAUUAGGGAAUAGAAAUCCCUGGCUACUGACUGUGGUUAAUUUUUAGAGGUGAUUAUUUGUGUAGAGGUCUUGAUUAAAACCGUUAACCAUCUUCAUUGUUUGUAUCGAAAAUUGACUACCAGCUAAAUAAAUCAGCGGGCCCGAGAUUUACGUUGCAAUCAAGUGAUGUUGCUUUUUUAAAAUGUGAACUAAGCAGGGGGCCUGGAGACUGCUAUAUAAGCAGCAACAGAAGAUGCUUAAAUUGUGCAUCUGCAAUCACUGGAGGAACUGCUUCAAUUUAUGGAUACAGCACAUUAACAUUUACUUAUUAAGCCCUCGAGUACUCAUGAUCACUUCAGCACUUUUGUUCCAAUUAUUGCGAAGAGCGUGUCUAUUAAGAAGCCAUUUAAAUUGGGAUACAGGAACUGCAGAAUUAUAUACUUAAUCAAGUCUAUUCACAAACUACCCUCCAGUGACAGGGGGGGGAAACAAGUUAAUGUAAAUGUUUUGUUAAUCGAUUUUUUUCCAGAAUCUACAUGUAGGUGCCUGUGUUUUCCAUUGAUGAUUCAGGUGCCUUGAUGCUUCAAAAAGCAAUGCCUCAUGCCAGUCUAAGGGCUUGUCAUUGAAGGGUUUUAUCCUCUUUGUGGCAUGGUAAUUAAUUAGCUAAAACCUCCACGCUCCUCACAUGAGAAGCAAUCCUUUCAACAAAAAAAAAGUCAUUAGAUAUAAUUGGCUUCCACUCACAUAUUUUUAGAUUUUAGCUUCUCUGUUCCCUUAAUUUUCGUGAUAUAUUAUUUUGUGGGGGGGGGGGAUUGUUAUUUUUAUCUAUAUUCUAAUUGUAAAAUGCAUUGUUUUUACAUGACAUUAGAGUUUCAAUGAUACCAAUAAUAUAAAUGUUCUAAUUUGAAAUGUGUAUUAUACCUUAUGGUCUGAGGCUUUGUAUUGACAGGCCCUGAAUUAUAAGUCUGAGUGAUAACAGGGAAGAAGGUUGCUCAUAUAGAAUAAAAGUACAUGUGACACCUUUCUUUUAGUGAGUAAUACAAAUUAAUGGAUGGCAAUGGUAACAAUAGUCAUUUUUGUAAUCUGAAGAGUCAAGCUGAGGAGAAGUGUGAAUCUUGUCAAGUAUGCAGGGUAAUCUAAGUAAAUAUGGUGUAUGGAGAAUUCAUUAUUCAAAGCUUCCUUUCUGUUUUACCUGAGUGCAGUAUAUCAAAUAAAUGUCUGAAUCUAGAGUGUACCACAUAAUACAAAUUAAAAUGCCUAUUUGCACUGCA